AUGGACGGCGCCGUUUUGGUGCCUGACGAUGUCCUCGACUCGCGGCCCCCGCCGCCGCCUCGACUAUUCGAGCGCCUUCGCCAAAUAGCUGGCUACACCUGGGACGAAACAAAGGAGCCCAUCCACUCGAGCUAUGAUUUCUGGCUCGUUUUCGGAACUCGAUUUGUAUCCUCGAAACCGUCGCCUCCGAGCUCAGGGCACAACGAAUCCAGCCUCGGAUCCAUCACGAAGCUACAAUCUGGCCGGCCGUCUCCCUCUGAACAUGGCAACCAUGUCCCGCCCUCGGAGACACAGAGCACCGAAACCCCCAAAACGCCGCUUCCGCACCGUCCGUCGACGCCCAUUUCGUCGCCGCCGUCAUCCGCCGAUGGCCCUCCUAUAGUUGAAGAGUCGGUUGUCGCCCGCGUGUCGUCGCACAAUCUCCGAGAAGAACGGGCUUUUCAAAUCGCCAAGAACGUUGCGGGGACGGCCGACCCCCUAGGCGAGCAUAUUGCCAAGCCCAUUGAUCUACUUCGACUGAAUCCCGGCCCUGGAGAUCGUAAUCACAUCACCGUCGCCAUCUAUCAGUACCCAGGUGCCAACUACUUGGGCAAAGUCCUAGACUUUGGACCUGCUUUCUAUCAGGCGCGAAAAGAAGGAGAUGCGUACGUCUCAUACCGCCCCGCAACGUCUAGUCAUCUACGACCGCCGAUAAACCUCGAAUACUUUUUGGAUUUCGCCAUCGGCGCUGUGCAGUGCUUGGAGAUUCUUCAUCAUGGGCAGGGCAUUAUUCACGGUGAGAUCCGGGGGGACGCGUUUCACUUCAACGCCGAGGAGAACAAGGUCAGGAUUGUGGCUUUUGGCACUGGGUUGAGGUCCUUUGAGCAUGGAUUAACCAGCACCGGCUGGUUGACGCUCUCCAAGGAGGUUGGCGUCAAGAACAAGCUCCUUUACAUUAGUCCUGAACAGACUGGCCGAAUGCCAGCGGAACCCGAUACCCGGACUGAUAUCUACUCGCUGGGCAUUUUAAUGUGGACUCUGCUAACACAACAGCCCGUGUAUACCGGGGACACCCCCAUGGACAUCGUCCAGGGCGUGCUCGGCCGAAGGGUGCCCAACGUGGCUACGGUGCGGAUGGACAUUCCGGAUGUCAUCGGGCGCAUUAUCCAAAAGUGCACGGCCAAGAAUGUCGCGGAUCGUUAUCACUCAGCAAGCGGGCUCCGCCACGACCUGGUCAAUGUUCAGCAGCUGCUUUCCGAUGGCGACUCGACGGCGCUCAAAGACUUGGAGAUUGGGACCAAGGACAUCUCGUCGUUCUUUAUACUCCCGACAAACAUGAUUGGUCGGAUUGCAGAGCAGAGCGAGCUCGUCAAAGUCAUUGACCGUGUUUCGCGCAAUCAUUCUCUCGGCAGCAACCGAAAUCGCUUCCCGGACGGAUCUGGCCUGGCCAAUGAACUGGUCGUCCUCGACGACGUCUCGAGCGAAGGGGGCGCAAGCUCUGUACGCUCUGUAGAGGGCACCAACCGAAGGAGCGGCUCUUUCAACCUGGGCGGUGGAUCGUCAGAAUAUAAAUUUCCCAGAAACAGCUUCCACCCGUCCAUCUUGUCUGACACGCAGACCCUAUCAAACGAGACUGUAUCCUCGAACCAAUCUGGGCCACAGCUCCGACCGACGAGACCGUGGGAGAGACAUCACUCAAUAUCAGUAGAAACAGCGAGCGCCGUGGAGAGCACUGGCGGUCCCGAGAGUGGCCGGAUGGGGGGCAUGACCGAGUCUAGCGGCUCGAGCCUGUCGCGACAGCUGGGCGCCGCCAAAUUUCGACGGCGUGGGCAGUGCGAGGUCGUCGCCAUUGAAGGAGCUGGGGGGCUUGGAAAGAGCUUCUUGGUGCAAAGUGUUCUCGGAGAAGCGAGGCGGCGCGGCUAUUGCGCCACCGCCAAGUUCGACACGGCCCGGAGGACGGCAUUUGGUCCCUUGCUGAAGCUGCUCUCGUCUUUAUUUAAGCAGGUUUGGGGCGAGACGAACACAGAGACACCUUUCCACCAGGUUCUCAAACAGUACGUGCGACCGGUCUGGCCAAUGCUGCAUAGAGUGCUCGGCCUGCCCGAGUUUCUCCUGGGGCCGCCCGAGUCGGCGAGCCCCAUGGUCGGACGCCCAUCGACGAACAACUCGCAGCAGGCCGGCCAGCGAAGUGGCGUCAAGUCUAGUAGCGGCAAACGGCGCGGGUCGUCGCCGGGAAGCUCGCCGAGCCCGCUGAGCCAGCACCAAGCUGCCAAUGCCGCCGCCACGGCGGGCUCCCAGAGCUCUCAGGACUAUCUUUGCGCGGGCACGUCGACAAAGACGACGCGCCUCAUGAAUACUUGCUUGGAUAUUCUUCGAGUCUUCACCACGCACAAAUUCAUCUGCUUUUGUCUCGAUGACCUCCAUUUCGCGGAUGACGAGUCUCUGGAGCUAAUAACCCAAAUCAUCGGCGCUAAGAUGAAGAUGUUGAUUAUCAUGACGUAUAGACCCGAGGAGCUCCCCAGGGAGAGGAUGGACAGGAUAAUAUACCCCGCCCAAGUAGAAGAGAACCACCGGAAUGGCCGACCCCGAGUCACGAGGAUCAGUCUCGAGCCGCUGAGCGAGGCCGAGAUACUCGACUAUGUUUCCGCCACCCUGUCCCGGCCAAAAGAGGAAAUUCUGUCGCUUGCCCUCGUUAUCCAGGCCAAAACCGCUGGCAAUCCGUUCUACAUGCGGGAGAUGCUCAGCGCCUGCCACCGGAAAAAGUGCAUCUGGUAUGACUAUCGCGACAGCAUAUGGCAUUUCGAUCUCGACAGGUUGUUUGCACAGUUCCAGGGUGAGAAGGACUACGACGUGCUAGACACCGGAUUCAUCACAAGAAGGCUGGACGAACUGCCAUCCGCGGCCAGGGCCGUCUUGUCGUGGGCUGCUCUGCUGGGCAACUCGUUUUCUUUCGAGAUUAUCAGUCGAUUGAUGAAGGGCGAGUUUGACUACGGGGACGACGACAUUCCAAACUGCUGCCCCAACCUGUCGAAACGCUCAUACACCGAGGCGGAGGCCAUUGCUGGUCUCCAAGCAGCCAUCCAAGCAUACAUCAUCGUGCCGAGCGAGACUGACGACCGCUUCCGUUUUGCGCAUGACAGGUACGUCAAUGCCUCGGCUGCACUGAAGGAGUGUAAUGCGCGUCGCAUGCAUUUUAUCAUUUCCCAGACCCUUCUAAAGUACUACGCCGUGGAGGCCAGACAACGAGAGAGCACCGCUUGUCACAUUUGCGAGGCCGCUUCCAUCAUCAAGAUGCGAGUCCCCGUGCGGCAGGAAUUCCGCAAGCUGCUGAUUGACUGCGCCCAAGCCGCCACCGAGAAUGGAGCCAGACCGACAGCCGCCAAGUACUAUGGCGCGGCAAUUCAGCUGCUGCAGGGCGACCCGUGGUCGGAUGAUGCCGAUGAUGUGUCCUACGAGGAGACGAUGCAGCUCUACCUGCGCGCCGCGGAAUGCCACUUGUUUAUGGGACAGCUUUCGCUGGCGAAUGACUUGCUCUCGACCCUCUUUGCCAAUGCAAAGUCGGCAAUGGACAAGGCCCCGGCAUACGUGUUGCAGUCGAGGAUAUUUGCCCAGAACGGCAACGCGCUCGCUGCCUUCAUCUCCCUGAAGGAGUGCCUGGCGGCCUUGGGCGUACCUCUCGAGGACGAGCCCACGUAUGAAAAGUGCGACAAGAAGUUCCACAAGCUGGCGAAACAGGUCCAGGAAAUGGACCGCCAGGCCCUCAUGAACCCAAAGAAGAACACGGCACCCGUGACGGCUUCCAUUGGAGCCGUGCUGUCGGAGACGGCCUCUGCCGCAUGGUGGAGCGACUGCCUGCAGUAUUACCACCUCACGCUCGUCAUGCUGGACAUGCACCUCACCCGUGGAGCCUUUCCCCAGUCCGGCAUGGCCUUCCUGCAGAUGGGAGUUGUUGGCCUGGCCCGCUUCAACAUGACGCAGUUUGCCGUCGACAUGGGCACAAUCUGCCAGGACCUGCUCUACUCUGCGCGAGACGCCUUUUCCAUGGCUCGCGGCCAGAUGCUGCAUUCGUGCUUCAUUGGCCAUGUACAGUACUCCAUGUCGCUGUCCACCUCCCAGAUGGACGAUGCCAUUGAGCUGGCGUCGGUUGGCGGAGACCGGCUCUCCACCAUUCUCAGCUACGGACUCUGCGCCGUGACCAAGUUUUUUGCCAGCGAGAACCUCUCCGACCUGGAGGCGUUUUGCCAGUAUGGCUGCGAGGACAUUGUCAACUGGUCGCUGGACACGCGCGGUGGCGCGCUCCUCGUCGCCGUCAGACAGCUCUCCCGCGCCCUGCAGGGCAAGACCUGCACCCACGAGCCGUUGAGGGUCAUGACUGACGACCAGCACGACUCGGUUGGAUACAAGAGCUGGCUCACGAGCCAGACGCAAGAGAGCAACCGCUCGUCCCUAUUCUACGAGAGUCUCGAGCUAUGCGCCUUGUUCCUGUAUGGCCACUACGAACGCGCCAUUGACAUUGGCCAGAAAUGCGUAGAGAAGCUUCCGAUGCUGUGGUCGGCGCGGAACAGCAGGCUGAUUCUGCUCUUUUACGGGCUGGCGCGAGCCGGCCAGCUGUUGAGGCUCAUGCAAGACCCUCGCUCGCAAACCGACGACUUCACCGCCCAGACGGAAGAGAUUGUCAACGAGCUCACCGGCUUUGUCAAGAUGAUGGAGGACUGGUCGGUCGUGUCCGACGUCAACUACCGAUCCUGGUCCAGGCUGUUGAAUGCUCAGGUCGCGGAGCUGUCCCAAGACCACGGCCAGGCCAUUCAACACUACGAGGAGGCGCUGGACCAUGCCGCCGAGCACGACUUCAUAUUCGAGGAGGCCCUCGGCAACUACGUCAUGGCUGGCUUCUUUAUCAGACGGCGAGCAAGACGGUCUGCCAGAGCCGCCCUCCAGGAUGCGGUGGGCCUGUAUCGACAAAUAGCCGCCGCCGGCGUCGCGUCUGCCAUUGAGGAGGAGCACAGCCUGUUACUCCAUGGGCCGACCCGGAAUCAUCGAACCGUCGAGGUUGGCAUCCAGACAGACUUUGUCGCGGAUCCGCCGCCCGCCCAGUACCGCCCCGUCGACGGGGUGGAUGGCGACGAGCUGACACAGGUUCCUUCCAACGCCAUGUCCGAGUUCAGGGGAGAACGUAUUGGUGCGUGGCGCGGAUCUAUGCGUAUGCCGACCGAGGACGGGGUCGGCCUCCCAGCCCUGGACAUGAUUGACCUGCACGCGAUCCUGGUGUCCUCGCAAGUUAUUUCGUCCGUGCUGCAGGUCAACGAGCUGCUCAAGACAAUGUGUGAUGUCAUCCUGCAAACCUGCGGCGGGUCUGCUACCCGCGCCGCCAUCAUCAUCCAAGACAAUGACACGGAAUCGUGGUGUGUGGCGGCAAGCGGAGAUCCUGAGAGGGGAGCGUCUGCCCACGAACCGGGCCUGCCGCUAUCCGGAUCAACACUCAUCGCCGAAAAUGUCGUCCUCUACUGUACCCGUUUCAGAGAGUCCGUCUUCAUCCCCGACCUUUUCGCGGACGAGCGGUUCGGCAAUGUAAAUGGAGGCUGGCUGCAGCGGUAUCCCGGGGGCAAGGCAAUCAUUUCCAUUCCCAUCCUGCACGGCACCAAGCCCCUCCUCGGCGUUUUGUACCUCGAAGGCGAGCCAGGGUCCUUUACGGAUCGCAACGUCACCGUCUUGCAGCUCUUGGUCAACCAAAUCGGCAUCAGUUACUCCAACGCCCUGUCAAUGAAGAGUGUCGAGAAGAUCUCGGCCGAGAACCGCGGGAUGGUGUCGGUUCAGAAGCGAGCCCUAGCCAAGGCCCUGGAGGCCGAGACCAAGGCAAAGCACGCAGAGGCAGAGGCCAAGCGGAACGUCAAGCUGGCGGAGGAAGCUGCCAAGGCAAAGGCCAUUUUCCUUGCCAACGUCUCGCAUGAGCUGCGGACGCCACUCAACGGUGUCAUUGGCAACUCGGAGCUGCUGCGGGACAGUGACCUCAACAGGGAGCAGCUCGAGAUGGCUGAUUCGAUCCGUGUUUCUGCAGAUUUGCUGCUGACAGUCAUCAAUGACAUCUUGGACUUUUCCAAGAUGGAGGCUGACAAGAUGAAACUGUACAUUAUUGCCUUUAACCCCGAGGAAAUGGUUCGCGAGGUUGUCCGAGCAGUGUCCUAUAGCAAUCGGGAGAAGACGUCAAAGAAGAACGUCAAGAUCAUCCAGGACAUCAACCUCCCGCCGAUGCUCAUCUACGGAGACCCCAUCCGACUCCAUCAAGUGCUGGGGAACCUCAUUGGAAACAGCCUGAAGUUUACAGAGGACGGCUCCGUCACCAUAGGGGCACGGCUGGACGCCGAAACCAAGGACAGCGCGACUCUCACGUUCUGGGUCCGAGAUACCGGCAUUGGCAUCCCUGCGCAGCAGCUUGCCAAGCUGUUCCAGCCCUUCAGCCAGGCAGAUGCCAGCACAGCGCGAAAGUACGGCGGAAGCGGUCUGGGACUGAGCAUCUGCAAAUCGCUGAUUGAGAUUAUGAUGAAGGGCAAGAUUCAGCUGGAGAGUGAAGAAAGCGAGGGCACAACCGCCUGGUUCACAGUUACUUUCGAAAAGGCCAAGGCGGACGUGUCUGCUGGAGACGCGCUCGGCAAGGCGUCGCCGCCCAUUGACAGGUACUCGCUCAUGACGUCGCCCUUUGACAGGGUGGCCUCGCCAAACCCAUUCAUGGACCUGUCUCAGGUCUCAAAGGAAGACGUCCGCAUCUGCGUGGCUGAAGACAACCCCAUCAAUCAAAAGAUUGCUAUCCAGUACGCACACCGACUCGGCUACCCCAACGUUGUCGCCUACGAAAACGGGCUCAAGGCCAUUGAGGGACUGCGGAAAAAGGCUGCGGAAGGGGAGCCGUACCACAUUGUGCUCAUGGACGUCCAAAUGCCCGUGUUGGACGGGUACGAGGCCACAAAACUCAUCAGGAAGGACUCCAUUGAGGCUGUACGCAAGGUUCUGGUGAUUGCCAUGACGGCAUCGGCAAUCCAGGGAGACAGGGAGAAGUGUUUGGCGGCCGGGAUGAAUGAUUACCUCGCCAAGCCGGUCCGUUCUGAAGUGUUGAAAAAGAAACUGGACGCCUAUGUCGACGUUUCGAAGGCUGGCGUUAUCGACACUGUACAAUCACCAAUCAGUCCCAUUUCUCCAACAACUCCAAACGACCUGGAGGCCAACGGCACAAGCUUGGCAUCGAUUGCUUCGAGUAACAAGGUGUUCAGGGAUACCAGAGCCACCAACAGCUCCAUCAUCGAUCCAAUGCAGGAAGAUGCCGUGUACAACAUGCCCCUGGACUCGACGAGCCUUCAAGCAGCCGAUAGCCCCGUGCUCAGCGCAAACAACAACGACCAAAGGACGCUGUCGAUGCAUUUGCCUGAGCUCACGCGCAAUUCUACCAACCACUCCGACAGCCAGCCUUCCACCGAGGCGAGCACUCCCGAGGCAGUGUCCACGGGGGAUCCAGUUGCUUUGCAGCCCAAGAGACAGCCGAGGAAAUUGACCAAGACUCGGGACAACAGCGAUGCGCAUUGGGAUGCCGAGGCAAAACCCGUCGAUAAGGACAGGGAGAAGCACAAGGGGGUGUUGACCAAGAAACAGCCUCUUGCGGACGACCCCAAUGGUGAUGCUUCUUGA